AUGUUCAAAACCAUUGCUCUUGCCACGGCUUUCUUCGCUGUCUCAUUCGCCCAAUUCCCCUACAAUGGAAUGAUGGGAAUGUAUCCAUAUGGAAUGAACGGUUACAAUGGAUUCACCGGACUCAACGGACUUGGUGGAUUCGCCGGACUCAAUGGACUUGGCGGACUCGGCGGACUCAAUGGACUCAAUGGACUUAAUGGACUUAAUGGACUUAAUGGAAUGUAUGGAAGUCCUCUCGGCUACACAAACGGAUUGACCACCGGACUCGGUAACUAUGGAAAUACGCUUGGCAGCUCAUCAAACCCAAUGAUCACUCGACUUGGAUCAUUCAUGGAUGGACCACUCGGUGGAUUCGGAUUGGGAAUCACAACUGGAAUCUCCUCUCCAUCGGCCAGCAACCCAUUGACAAACCCGCUCGGCACUGUUGGAAGAAAG